GCCAAGCCGCGGCUUAGCUGGAAGCCGGCGGGAAGACUUGUGAGGCAAGCAUCAACAAAUCUUCCCGGACUCGGUAGCCCUGACGCACAGAGACUAUGGCGGGGGACAGCGAGCAGGGGCUCCAGCGCUGUGGGGAGUUCGCUGGUGGAAAAAAGCCUUUCCUCAUUGGAGUUAGCGGAGGGACAGCCAGCGGCAAGUCCUCUGUUUGUGCCAAAAUUAUUCAGCUGCUGGGACAGAAUGAAGUAGACCUUCACCAGAAACAAGUUGUGAUUCUGAGCCAGGACAGUUUCUAUCGUGUACUCACCACAGAGCAGAAAGCAAAAGCCCUCAAAGGCCAUUUCAACUUUGACCACCCAGAUGCCUUUGAUAAUGAACUGAUUGUCCAAACACUUAAAGAGAUCAUGGAUGGGAAGGCAGUUCAGAUACCUGUGUAUGACUUCAUUUCUCAUUCUCGCAAAGAAGAAACAGUAAGUGUGUAUCCUGCUGAUGUGGUACUAUUUGAGGGCAUCCUAGUCUUCUAUAACGAGGAAGUCCGGGACCUUUUCCAGAUGAAACUCUUUGUGGACACAGAUCCAGACACUCGGCUCUCCCGUAGGGUUCUCCGAGAUAUCAGUGAACGAGGCAGGGAUUUAGAGCAGAUCUUAUCACAGUAUAUUACAUUUGUCAAGCCAGCCUUUGAAGAAUUCUGCUUACCUACCAAGAAAUAUGCUGAUGUGAUUAUCCCAAGAGGUAUGGAUAAUCUUGUGGCUAUCAAUCUGAUCGUGCAGCACAUCCAAGACAUCCUGAAUGGAGGCAUCAGCAAACGCCAGCUUGAUGGGUGUCUGUAUGAUUAUAUUCCUCCCUACCAGCAACAGCACUUGGAGUCCAGCAGCCGCCCACAUUGACCUCGGAGCAACAGAAAGUCUUGCACUGCUGCGCCCCAUGAGUUACAUUCUAUUAGCCCCCGCUCCUUCCCCCACUCCCUAACUGCAGGGCUUCAUGGCUUAUUAAAGUCCAUUGAAGGGACUAGUGGAUUUAUACAGAAGUCUUCCAGAGCCAGAUUAUGGCUGCCUGCAGUGGCUUUGCUCCUGCCUUUUCAUGGAGGAAUGGAGGCAUAUUUCCAUAGGAUGGUACAGAUGGUUUCUGGACUACAUGCAGUGUCAAAUGGUAUAACUGCCAUUAUGGUGAGACCAUAUCAUUGUUGAUACAAAUGGAUGUACACAAGAAUUAGGAAGGUAAAAAAGAAAAGAAAUUAAAUUGGAUAAUUAAAAGACUGGGCCACUAGCUAGAAGUGGCAUCUAAACUUCUCAGGUUUGCAUUCUCCCCAAACUAAAAAAUACAUCUAAAAAACAGAGAAAAAUACCACUUUUUAUUUUGAUAAGCUUGGGAAAAGGCAGAAAUGGUGGGGGUGUUAAGGAGUCUCUAUCUGAUCUGAAGUAUGACCCUCUAAGUUGGAAAUGAUCCUGUUUUCACCAUACAUAGACAACCAUGCUGCUUUGAUGCCAGAACUGAAGCAGUGGUUUUGCAGCCUUCUAGCAAAGACUAAGCUAAAACAGGGCAGGAAUUGACAUCAUCCAAGCUAUCCUGUAACACUCUGCAGAACUGUGUCCACCAAGGGGAGAAGGAAUCUUGCUCCUUGCCCACAAGCUUAGGAAUGUCUGCAGCAGCAGCAGCAGAUCCUAUGCCAAAAGGCUAGGAUGGGGAAUUUCUUGGGGUCUUGUGCUCUUCUAACUAUGAGUGAUGUGAAUGUGUCAUGUAUUUCCCCUCAGGCCUUAAAGGUAUCAUGAAAGAGAUGCGGAAGCUUGUGUGUAGGAAUUGGAUCCUGCAGGCUGACUUGUGAGCUUUAAUCUUUACCGGUAUUAUGCGGGAGCCCCAGAAUUCAAUAUUUAUAAAAGUAAUACUCUGCCUUGGAAUAAAUAAUGCUUAUUGAACUUAA